CGUGGCGAAAGUGCGGCUGCGGAAGCGCGGCGAGGCGGCGGCGGGCGAGGAGGAAGCGGCGCGGAGGAAGCGGGGGGCGGCGGAGCUACGAGUCCGCGGGCGGAGGACGCCAUGGGCCGCCUGCACUGCACGCAGGGCCCGGUGCCGGAGGCGGUGGGCGGCGACAUGCAGCAGCUGAACCAGCUGGGCGCGCAGCAAUUCUCAGCCCUGACAGAAGUGCUUUUUCACUUCCUAACUGAGCCAAAAGAGGUGGAAAGGUUUCUGGCUCAACUCUCUGAAUUUGCCACCAUCAAUCAGAUCAGUCUUGGUCCCCUCAGAAGCAUCGUGAAAAGCUUCCUUCUGGUUCCAAAUGGUGCCUUGAAGAAGAGUCUCACAGCUGAGCAGGUCCGAGCUGAUUUCAUAACUCUAGGUCUUAGUGAAGAGAAAGCCACUUACUUUUCUGAAAAGUGGAAGCAGAAUGCCCCCACCCUUGCACGAUGGGCCAUAGGUCAGACUCUGAUGAUUAACCAGCUUAUAGAUAUGGAGUGGAAAUUUGGAGUGACUUCUGGCAGCAGUGAACUGGAAAAAGUGGGGAGUAUUUUUUUACAAUUAAAGUUGGUGCUUAAGAAAGGAAAUCAAACUGAAAAUUUAUAUAUAGAGUUAACCUUGCCUCAGUUCUACAGCUUCCUGCAUGAGAUGGAGCGAGUCAGAACCAGCAUGGAGUGUUUCAGCUGAUUUCUGUCCCCCUGCAUCUCCACCUUUGCCCUCCCCUGCUGCCUCCACUUCUGUGGGUGACUGCUCUGAGAAGCACCUCACUCAGGCCAGUGGGGCACUGAUUUGGUCCUCCUUGCUUCUUGGGAGCCCAGGUGCAAAGGCUUCUGAAAAACAACAGGAUUAAGUACUUAAAGAGCCCUACACAAUUACUCUGUAAACUCUUUGUUAAGGGAACCUCCACCACCUAUCACCCAGGACACUUAUUUGAUAUUCAAACAGGCUAGCAUCUGAGAUUCAGGGAGGAAAUAAGUGAGUUCCCUCCCCAUCAAAGUUCCAGAGUAAACAAAAGGUGCCAUCACUGAAGAUCCAGGCUGAUCAUCCUGUAUUUCUGUUCUUUCUCCCUAAAAAAGCAAGGGCUUGUAUAUGGCUGGGGAAGAGGCUGGCUCUGUGAAUGACACGUUAGGAAUCCCCAACAAGAUUUCUACACUCUGUGGUUUUGGUGAUGGUGCACUGCUAAUCAGUUUUUUGGUGUUUUUUUCCUUCAUUGUUGGAAGUAUUACAUAUGUUGCUAAUCAGUUUUUAAUAGGGCAAUUAUGUACAGAUACAUGUUUGGCCUACUCUGAAAAGAACGGAGGCAAGACUAUCUUCAUUUCUGGUUUUCCCUAUUGUGUUGUAAUGAAGCAGGCCUUUUUGAGACUAUUACAGCUUGUUUUGGUUCAAGCUGACCACCUUUGUUGGUUAGAUGAUUGAUAAAAAAGGUUCCAAACAAAAGGUCUGCAUCCAGUUGUCUUUGUGUGUGGAGUAAAGAGUCCUCUGCCUUGCAGAGAGUUAAUGAUCUGAUCUUCAAAAAUUACUUCCCUGGCUUUGGUGAAGGCCCUGGGUUUUCAGUGAAAUUAGCUGUGGCUCGAGGUUGGAAUUUGUAAGAGCAGUUCAGGGGAGACUCAGGUUAAAACAUGAAAAGCAGAGCGUAUCACUGCUUGUGUUGAGAUGGCCUUAGCCCCACUCUAGCAUGUGACUUCCUCCUGUCUCUCCCCUCAGAAACUUUUUUUAAAAAUUAAAUUUUAUUGAUUGAUUGAUUUUUAGGAGCGAGGGGAAGGGAGAAAGAAACAUCAAUUUAUUGUCCUACUUACUCAUGCAUUAAUUGGUUGAUUCUUGGAUGUGCCCUAACCGGGGAUCGAACCCACAGCCUUGGCAUAUCAGGAUGACGCUCUAAUCAACUGAGCUACCUUGCCAGGCCAGAAUUUGUUGAAUAGAUAAUAUAUACCCAUGACUCAAGAGAUAUAGUAUAAAGUAAUUCCUUCUUACCCUCAUUUCCCAGUUACCUAGUUCCUUUCCCCAGCGGCAACUACUGCAAUUAGUUUAUUCUGUGUUUUUCUGUAGAUGUCAUGCAUUUACAAAUAUAUAUGCAUAGAGUUUGACUUUUCCCCUCCAUACACAAAUGGUAGUGUACUAUACGCACACCUUGCUUUUUUCUACUUAACUUAGAACUCAUUCCACAUCAGCACAGAGAAAGCAGCCUCAUUCCUUGUAACAAAUGUACCAUGUUUCUUCAAAUGAAUGGUUUAUUUAACCAGUUUCCUACUAAUGGGUAUUUAAGUUACUUCUAUUCUUUUUCUCUUAUAAGCAAUUCUGCAACUCAAUAUUUUGUAUAUAUGUCAUUUUGCAUGCGUGGAAGUACAUUUAUAAGAUAAAUAUGUGAAUGUGGAAUUGCUCAGCCAAAGAAUACAUGCACCUUU